AUGACUGCAACCUAUAGACGUGAUUCUCCUUCUAGCUACUCUUUUGUUCGAAGCUUGAUCGCAUUUAGAUUGCUGGGAGAAAAAGGAGAAAAGAACUGUCUGCAUUGCGGGUUCUAUAGAAGCAGGAGCCUUAAGUUUAUCGUAUUUAUUUCAAAAAGUAUGUCGGGCAUGAUAAUGAAAGCGAUCAAGUGUCCGACCGAUGAGCUGAGCCUCUCCAAUUGUGCUGUGAUAAAUCGUGAUGAUUUUCCAGAUGAUAUAAAGCACAUUGAAGUAACUACAGGACCAAAUCAGCAUUUCGUUUUCACGGUAAAGACUCAUCAUGACAUACCUCGAGGAACAGUCGGCUUCAGCUUGCCUCAACGUAAAUGGGCGACGCUGUCCCUCAAUCAGGACAUCGAAGUUCGUCCUUAUCACUUUGACCCAACAUCGAGCUCUGAAUUCCUCUGCACAAUCGUCGUGGAAGCUGAUUUUCUGCAAAAGAAAACAACCACACUGGAACCAUAUGACACGGAACUAAUGGCGAAGGAAUUUCUGCUGCAGUUCUCAGGCCAAGCAUUUACAGUCGGGCAGCAGUUGGCAUUCCAAUUUCAAGAUAAAAAGAUGCUUGGACUGGUGGUCAAGAGUUUGGAGGCAGCCGACAUUGCAGCUAUAAAAUCAGGGCAGGAUGCAAAGCCAAGAAAGACAAAGAUGGGACGAUGUUUGGGCGAUACGAUGAUCCAAUUUGAAAAAGCUGAGAAUUCGAGUUUGAAUUUGACUGGAAAAGCAAAGGGAAAAAUUGUUCGCCAAUCGAUCAUCAAUCCUGACUGGGAUUUCCAGAAAAUGGGAAUCGGUGGCUUAGACAAAGAGUUCAAUGCCAUAUUCCGUCGAGCUUUUGCGUCAAGAGUAUUUCCUCCUGAAGUUGUCGAGCAGCUUGGAUGUAAGCACGUGAAAGGAAUUCUUUUAUUCGGACCUCCAGGUACCGGUAAAACUUUGAUGGCCCGACAGAUAGGAACAAUGUUAAAUGCGAGGGAACCCAAGAUCGUUAACGGGCCACAGAUCCUGGAUAAAUACGUUGGUGAGAGUGAAGCGAAUAUCAGAAGACUAUUCGCUGAUGCUGAAGAUGAAGAAAAACGGCUGGGUCCAAACAGUGGACUGCACAUAAUAAUCUUUGACGAAAUUGAUGCUAUCUGCAAAUCUCGUGGCAGUGUCGCCGGAAAUACCGGUGUUCAUGACACUGUUGUCAACCAGUUGCUUGCAAAAAUUGAUGGUGUAGAGCAAUUAAACAACAUACUUGUCAUCGGGAUGACGAACAGAAGAGACAUGAUUGAUGAAGCUUUGUUGAGACCUGGCAGAUUGGAGGUUCAAAUGGAAAUUGGCUUGCCAAAUGAACACGGCAGAUAUCAAAUCGUGAACAUUCACACGUCCAGAAUGCGAGAUUACAAGAAGAUUGCACCUGACGUGGACCUAAAGGAACUGGCAACUCUGACAAAAAAUUUUAGUGGUGCAGAAUUGGAAGGUUUGGUAAGAGCUGCGCAGAGCACAGCUAUGAACAGGCUUAUCAAGGCAUCGAGCAAGGUAGAAGUCGAUCCUGCAGCAAUGGAGAAGCUCAUGGUCGGCAGAAGCGAUUUUCUUCACGCAUUGGAAAACGACAUCAAGCCUGCAUUUGGUACCAGCGCCGAUGCGUUGGAUCAUUUGUUGACACGUGGAAUCAUCAACUGGGGUCGGCCAGUUGCAGAGAUACUCGCGGACGGUUCACUUUAUAUUCAGCAAGCUCGUGCUUCCGAAGGUUCUGGUCUCGUUUCUGUUCUAUUGGAGGGACCGCCAAACAGCGGCAAGACUGCACUCGCUGCACGCAUAGCGAAAAACUCCGAUUUCCCAUUCGUCAAAGUUUGCACACCAGAAGACAUGGUUGGCUACACCGAGUCUGCCAAGUGUCUAUCCAUUCGAAAGAUUUUCGACGACGCAUAUCGAUCGCAACUCAGUUGUAUUCUUGUCGACAAUAUUGAACGGCUUCUGGAUUAUGGUCCAAUUGGUCCACGAUAUUCGAAUUUAACUCUUCAGGCACUCUUGGUGCUUCUAAAGAAGGAACCUCCGCGUGGCCGCAAGCUGCUCAUCUUAUGCACAACGAGUCGAAGAGGUGUAAUGGAAGAUAUGGAGAUGCUGUCGGCAUUUAGCACUGUUCUUCAUGUUCCCAACUUGUCGACUUCUGAUCAUCUUUUGGCUGUAUUGGAAGAGGCGGAUCUUUUCUCAAAGGAAGAACUUUCGGCUCUGCACGCUAAACUCCAAGGUCAUCGCAUAUUCAUCGGUAUUAAGAAGCUGUUGGGUCUUAUCGACAUGGCACGACAAACAGAAGCUAAUUACAGGGUGCCAAAGUUCUUGUCGAAGUUAGAAGAGGAGGGUGGCUUAGAGUAGACGGGUAAACUUAGGCGAGAAAUUUAAAUUAUUAUUACGCUAAGCAAGUCAUUAUUACUGUAAUUAGAGAAUUUAGAUAAAAACUCAUGCUAAUAUGCUUUUUGUAGAUUAGCAUUUGGCACUAAUCUAUCAAUAAUAUCCGAAUCUCGGAGACGGUAUUUACUAUUCGCGAAAUUCUCAUUCUUCGUUGUUUCAUCUGUUCACAGAAAUCUACAUAAUUAAAAUGUAAUAUAGCAUUCCAGAGAAUUUCGUAAUCUCGCACUGAGAUGUAUUUAUUUAUACCAGUGUUAGCAUGGGUAUUGCAUAAGUUCGUGUAACGCGUUGGUUGAACAGUUUUAUGAAUUAUUAAUAUGAUGCCCCGUACUUUGUUGUUAUCAAUCGCAUUUUGAUUGAUUAAAUCGCGUAUAUCGACAUAACCAAUUUUUUGCGCUAUUUAUUAUUACACGAUGUCUCCAAUGAUGAAAAAUAUUGUAAUUAGACUCGUUUUUAGUCAUAAUGUUGAAACCGUAAGUUGGUUGUCAAACACUGAGGAAGUCUUAAUUGUUGAAAAACUCAUAUUUUUUGUCAAUUGUUUAAUCAUGACUAGAGCAAAGUAUUAAGUAUAGCUCGUUCUUGCGUAGAACUUGAUACUAGGAAAUUUUUAUGCAUUGCCUCACUGUUGUGUUUGACAACAACAAACGCGAUGCAAUAUAUUGAAGAGAAUAUAUUAUAUUAACGAUAAUUAUGAAUUUAAAUGUAUUUAUGAAUCAUAUUAUAUGGAUUAACGGUAGAAAAGACUUGAUAAUCUACGUAGUGUGAAUUUCUGUAAAAUACUGCCGUAACGCAAACUUUGCUUCUGUCAUCAACUUUUAAACUAUAAAUAUCUUCGUCUUUGUAGCAAUAAGUUAUUCGAAUACUGUACGUUGUAUAACAUGCUUUUAACUAGAACAUUCAAUGCGAUCGUCCGAAAUUGUUAUCGAUUCUUCGGUGUACCUUCCAGUAAUAAUUAGCCUAAAAAUAAUUCAAUAGGAAAGUAACUUGAAAGAAACUUCUUCUUUAAUAUUAUACAUCUGUUGAUUUUUGCUACUUCAUUAAAAAUUGUUGAAAAACUUGAUAUAAAUUGAUUUUAUCGACGUCGUACGUGUAUCUAAUAUCUCAUUUCAGAAUUGAACAAUACGCAGUCUAAUUAAAAAAAAAAAGUGCUUCAAAUGUGCGUACAGAUCAUGUAUUUUCGAGUGAAUAGAAAGCAAUAAUUUCUCAAAUUACAAUCAUGUAAGAACUUCCGGCGUAUAAGAAAGUCCAGGGCGAGUUUCUAUGCUAUUUCGAUUUUGCCUUUUUCUUCCAAUUCACGUAUCUCAUGUUAACAAAAUCAAAUUUAAUAGUAUAGCAGUGGUGAUUGAAGACAUGAAAUGAUUCAUUUACCGACUUGCCUUUACGCCUGUUACUGGAACAAAAGCCUUUUCGAAUAUAUUUGAAAGUUAUAAAUGUAGUUUUCACGUUCACAACCACCCUGGUAUAGAGUAAUUGAAUUUCAGCUUAAGUUACAAAAAAGAUAAAGAAAUGAUACAAAACUAAUGAUACAGACCUGCCAACAUUCAAUAACUUCCUUAUCACUGUACAGUCAUAGUAUUUUUUAAACUGAUUAUUAUUUUACUGUAUAAUCAUUCCAUAUUUUUUAAAUGUUGAAUAUUUUUUUAUAACCAAUGUACGUACUUUGUUACAUUUUACAAAAAUUAUAUCAUUUUUAUUGAUUUGUUUUCUUUUUCCAUGAUUCAUACCGAAUAUUGUAUAUUAUGUAUUUAAUCUUCACGAGUAUUAGUCAUGAUUGAUACAAGUUCAGUUGAGCAGUGAAACUCAUGCCAAGUUCCUGAUUUUCCCUACAAGUAUACCAUGUAAUAUAAGAAUUUAGACAACGUAGACAAUAGAAAUGAAAACAGUACUUAUUCAUGUAUAAAUUCAACUAGUUUUUCGGGCCAAAAAAAAUGAACCGAAGGAAACAAAAAUAGUAAUAUUCAAACAUGAGAAAUUGUUUAAUCAAUCUUGUUCUCGAUAUUACUAUCUCUUACAAUUAGUGUUCAUAUUUCUCGAUGUAUUUAACAUUAACAUGUCUGUGUAUAAAUAAAAUAAAGUCAAUAUCACAU